CAGCGAAUUACCGAUCAAUGGAAAGAGCCGAAGAUGGGACAUGUACACUGAUCAUCAGGGCACUGAUGAUCAGUGUGCCCUGAUGAUCAGUGUAGCCCUAGCAGUGCCACCUGUCAGUGCUCGUCAGUGCCACCUGCCAGUGCCACAUCAAUGCCACAUAUCAGUGCCCACCAAUGCACAUCAAUGCCACAUUUCAGUGCCCAUCAGAUCUGACUUUCAGUGUCACCUAUCAAUGCCAGUCAGUGCCAUCUAUCAGUGCCAGUCAGUGCCGCCUAUUAGUGCGCAUCAGUGCUGCCUAUCAGUGCCCGUCAGUGCUGCCUAUCAGUGCCAUAUAUGAGUGUUGCCUUUCAGUGCCCAUCAGUGAUGCCUCUCAAUGCCCAUCAGUGCCACCUAUUAGUGCCCAUCAG